GGAGGAACAACUUGAAGAGCUUGAUACACAACUAUCCGAGUUUUCUGGGAAUGCCCAUAUAGCCGGUCCUAUAUGGCCAUGUGAAAUGACGUUCAAGGCUCUUAUGGUAGAUAUCGCGAUUCGCUAACUAGUGAGGCAGAUACGCAGUUUCAAACCGGACAUAAAAAGACAAGAUUCCAAAAUGAGAUUUUGCUUCAAGCUACUAUAUCGUUAGACUUACUUUGAUAUUGUUCUUGACGGAAAUGAUUUUAAUGUUAAAGAAGCAGCUCGAACGUACACCUUUCAGUGUUCUUGAAUUAUUGGAGUUUAAUGAAACACAACAAUGAAAUACGACAAAGAUGCACAAUGGUUUGAUUAUAGACGGCAAGCUCUGUACAUGAAUCAAUAAGGCGUUCAAUUUAGCACUGGACUUGCCGCAGAAGUAAACUAAACCAACUAAGUGGAUUGCUUUUAGAAUUUGGAACCGAUUUAGAGACGUUUAUCUCAUUACUGCUGACUUGACAGAAAAUAAGCAAUUAUGCUCCAACGGCAAGUUAUAAGUUAGCAUUAACGUGUCUUCGGAAGGAUGUUUGUGGCGGGUCUAUUUAGCAAGUGUUAGAAAUUUGGGACAUUAUUAACAUUGACACAAGUUAGAAGCGAAAUAUGUGGACGGAUUAACAUAUUAUACCAGGAUGUACCAGGACUAUGGAUGAAGAAAAUCUUAUCAGAAGGUAGCAAGAUUCCAAUCCACAACGUUGGUUUAUAAGCUAUAUAGAAUGACGUCGAAUUCACCAAAGGGGGUCGAUCUGGAAGCAGUACGAGCGUUAUUGAGGAGAGGAGUUAGUGAACAUAAAACACACGAACGCCGAAGGGAUAGCGGAAAGAGAAAAGGUAACGGCAUGUUAGGCAACACAGCAGCGAUUGAUAUGCCGCUAUCACAGUUUCCAUGUUUAGAAAGACCUCCCGACAUUGAUAUGCCAAUAGCAGAAAUGGAAGUUGAAGAAUUUGAAAAAAAGGUUCAGGAUAAUACAGAAUCAAUUAAACGUGCAAUGGAUAAAGUAAACGCAGGUUUGAGACAGAGGUCAUCUUCAUUGGGCACAGACGAUUAUGACACUCAUUUCGAGUUGAAAGGAAAAUCGAAACGAGGUAAUAAGGGUUUCAAAAGAGCUCAGUCAGUGAAAUCGCGGAUGCUUUCCAAUCAAUCGGCUGAUCAUAAUUGCAACAAUGGGCCUGUUAGCGGCAGCGCGUCAUCGACUUCUCAACCGUCUGAGCCUCCUACUAAUACAAACAAUAACGGAUUGCCGAGUGAUAGCACAACUGGGGUAGAUAAUCAGGGGACUAGGCAGAAUGCCGGGGCGCCUCCAGAGGAAGAGAGCGCUAAUAAUACCCAAAGCCAACACCAGGAAAGUAUAGCUAACGAUACUUCUACUGCCAGUCAAAACGGAACUGUUCCCGGAUUAUCGAGUAUUAUAAGAAAAGCAAUGGGAGCGGGUGGAAGCAGUUCGGGUGCUGCGGCUCGACCAUCUUCUUUCAUCAGUCAGAGGUUUGGGUCUAUCAAGAGCCGCAAGCUACCCAGCUUUAAACUACAAAGGGUGCCUUCAUUACCGGAUUAUCAGACUGCAACCAAUACUAGGAUUAACACACCCAGGACACUGAAUGGACAAGAUAGUCAACUUAACCCGACUAUCACUAUAACAGUGGAAUCGGACGAUGAGUCAAUCAUGUCCGAUUAUAUAAACCCAAAUCAAAACUACAAAGACCCUAAUAUGAUAUCCCCAGUCGAUAUGUCUGGGAGUAAAAAGGAUGGAAUUCAGUUCAUUGGGGACGAGGCAUCCCUCUAUGGGACCCCAAAAGAGGAAUUACCUAUCCAAGACGAUGAAAGCAGUGCUAGUGACAUCAAAGUUCACUCAGGGGGAAGUUUUCUUAGGGAUCAAAUAAUAUCGUUUUUCCAACCUUCUGUUGACAACAAGUUAGCCAUGAAACUUUUUGGCAAUAGAAGUGCGUUGAUGCGUGAGAAACAACGACAGACAGCGGCUGGUAACUGGGUCAUUCACCCAUGCAGUAAUUUCAGGUUUUACUGGGAUCUGUUUAUGCUAAUCCUGCUUAUCGCAAACUUGAUAAUCCUGCCUGUAGCCAUUUCUUUCUUCAACGAUGAUCUCAGUCCGAGGUGGAUUGUGUUCAACAGUGUAUCCGAUACAGUAUUCUUACUAGAUCUAGUCAUCAAUUUUAGGACAGGUGUCAUAGCCAACGAUUUUGCAGAUGAAAUUAUAUUGGAACCAAAAAGAAUAGCAAUACACUAUUUGAAGACUUGGUUUGUCCUCGAUUUGGUUAGCUCAUUGCCGCUCGACUAUAUUCUACUCAUAUUCUCUCCUGAUAAUAAUUACAAUCAACUAGUCCACGCAGGUCGUGCUCUGAGAGUAUUUCGAUUGGUCAAACUGCUCAGUUUGCUGCGUUUGCUCAGGUUGUCGCGUCUAGUGCGAUACGUGUCACAAUGGGAGGAGUUGGCCUUAAACAUGCGCACGCACAAUCAGGUACUUCAUACUGAGUAGGUUAGAUAGAAGUGGAUGCUAUAAGCGAGAAUAUGCAUCGUAUCCAGAGGAAAUCAUAACAAAACAUCAUUGCUUUACUAUCUUUGUAAAAUGUCCUUGAUAAUAUUACUGUUAUGUUACUAUUACUUCACAAAAAAGGACACGAUCAUAAGAAGUUAAAGCUUUGAGGUUUCUGGUAAUAAAGGAGUUAUCACACCACUUAUCAGAUUACUUUUUCUUUUUGCCUUUGCAAUAUGAUAUUUUAUUCCAUGUAUCUUUGCACCUCUGAUUUAUUUCAUACACAGUGAAGUGUGGUCGUGGAAAGGCACAUGGAAUAGAGACAUUGCCUAAAGAAAUGUGUACCAAUUUUAUCCUGCUUUUAAAUAUUAAAUUUUGUUACGUUAUUUGAGUUUGUUCACUUUGCAGAUGUUAUAGCACGUGGCCUUAUUUCAUUAUUUGCCAAGUAGAUAGUUAUAUAGACUUCAACCAUUCUUAACAAUACCUUCACCUCCGUAUUGUGACUGCAUUUUCUAUACUUGAAAC